AAAAAAAAAAAUGUGCAAACAAUUGAAAAUUCAAUUAUAAAAUGACACAAUAUAUGCCUUCGCGCUGCGUUAAAUAGUUUUGCUUAAAUAAUGAGAAAAUAUUUAUAACGAAAAUAAUGUUUUUUUUUUUUUUAUUUUAUUUUUAAAGUUAUAUAACACACACAAUAACUGAAAACCGCAAAAAGAAUGUUGGAAUUAAUGGCCUUAAAUUGGUUUGAUUUAACCACAAUAGGGCUAAGUUUUUUUACAAUAAUAACGGUACAAAUAAUUAAUUCUAUAUACGGUUUAACUACAGUUGCAACAACAGCAAUAACAAAUCGCAAUAAAUUAUCAAAACAAAUAAGUGAACAAAAUAAAAAUGUUUCAAGCGCUGAGACAACAUCUAUUAGUGUUUCGUCAACGUCAUUAUCAUCAUCAUCGCUAUCAACAACUUCAUCCCCUUUAACAAAUCGCCAUUCGAUAAGUUGCAUUAUAAGCAGCAACAAAGAUUCCUACAUUCCCCAUACGUCCGGUUUAUUCGAUACGCUUAGCGAUGAAUAUCACGAAGAUGAAGACACUUUAUCAUUGGAGAAUUUAUUUCCUGGCGAUCAGACAGCGAUUUAUGAAUCGAAGCGAAUCAGUUACAUUAUUGAUGAGUUAAUCGAAACUGAAGGCAAUUAUGUAAAAAAUUUGAAAAAAGGCUUACAGCACUACGGAUCACUGCAAAAGCAUGAAAGUCUACCCAUUGGCUUGAAAGGUGCCGAUAAGCAAGAAAAGCUUUUGGGUAAUGUAGAGGAAAUCAUGAUCUUGCAUGAAAAAUAUAUAUAUCCGAUAAUGCAACGCAAUCGAAACAAUUUGAAAAAUAUGUUUGACGAGAUAUCAGAACACAUUGAGAAUAAUCAAUUUUAUUGUUACGUGACCUUUACUAUGAACAAAAGGGCAUCGAUGCAGUUGCGUCAAGAACACCGAGAUUGGUUGCAGAAUUAUCAAACUGAAAUUCAAGAUAAGCUCGGUAUUGAUAGCUUCCUAGUGCAGCCAAUACAAAGACUGACUAAAUAUCCUUUAUUAUUGAAACAAUUAAUAUCGGAAUUUUUUGGCAUUAAAUGUAAGCCAGUAUUAACGGCAAUUUGUAAAUUGGAGACGCGCAUGCGCGGUUUAUUAGAUGUCGUUAAUCAAGCUGAAGAAAUACCAUAUAUUGAGGAACUUCCCGCACAGCUCUCUACAACAAAUCUAAGUUAUUUCCGGCGAUCCGCGGAAUUCGAAGCAUAUCAUUAUCGUCCGCGUAAAAAGUUUCCAGCCAAAGUAUUACUUUUCGAUAAUUGUUUACUAAUAACUGAAGUGCGUAAAAAGCAGUUAGUCUAUCGCCAUUAUUAUCAAUGGUCAGCAUUAGAGUUAAGAAUUAAUACUAAGAAGAAUAUAACUUUAUUAACGAAAAUUGGAGAGAGUACAACAAAUGGUGGCAAUGAUAUUGCUAAACAGAAUGGCAAUCAUUUAAGGGAGGAAUAUCAAUUUGUGGCCACGGAGGCUUUAACAAUAGCGCCUUGGCUGCGUAGUGCUCGCAAAAUUGUCGAAUGUACGCGUCUAGAAAUUUCGCAAAAAGGCAAACUGUCCUUGCCAAUGGAUUUGGUUUUGGGUGCGGCUUUUUCUAUAUGGCUUAUAUGGCAUUAUCUAUAAGUAUUGUCUUCUUUUUUUCUUUUUUUUUUUUUGUUAAUAAAAGACGAAGAAAUC